ACAAAAAGAGUGAGCGAGUAACCGAAUUGGAGGAAAGGGUGGCCUUCGAUAUUUUCCUCUUUCUCCGUCGAUGGCUCCUACGCUCACCUCCAAUUCAUUUAUUCUAACCCCUACACCGCACUCUAGGCUAAUCUUCAAGAACACGAGGCUCACAAUCUUUGCCAAGCAGGCCGGUCCUUUCCCGUCGUUCCGCUUUGGCAAGAGCAAUGAUUCGUCCUCCUCCGGUGAGCCCCAGCCGGAUGAUUCGGCAAACUCCAGUCCUUUUCGUUUUAACUUUGGGAAGAUCUCAGUCCCGGACGUCAAGUCUUUGAUCCCAGUCGUGAGUAAUCCCUCUUCGGGCUUGUCGAGACGGAAGGACCCCGGCACAGUGUUCGUCGCUGGCGCUACCGGGCAGGCUGGUGUUCGCAUUGCACAAACGUUGCUGCGUCAAGGUUUCAGUGUCAGGGCUGGUGUGCCCGAGCUCGGUUCUGCCCAAGAGUUGGCUCGUCUUGCUGCCAAAUACAAGAUCAUAUCGAACGAAGAUUCGAAACGCCUCAACGCCGUUGAAUCCACGUUCAAAGGGGCUGAAUCAAUUGCCAAGGCAAUCGGAAAUGCCAGCAAGGUCGUCGUCACGAUCGGCCCUGCAGAAAACGGUCCCACAUCCGAGGUCUCCACAUUGGACGCCUUGCAAAUGAUCGAAGCUGCCCAGCUGUCUGGAGUUAGCCACGUGGCUAUUAUCUAUGAUGGGAACGCGACAGGCGGAUCAACGUACAAUGUAUUGGAUGGCAUCUCCUCGUUCUUUAACAACUUCUUCUCAGGAUCACAGCCGUUAUCUGUUCCCGAGUUUUUGCAAAAAGUAGUGGAAACGGAUGUCAGCUAUACUUUCAUAAAGACAAAUUUGACCGAAGACUUUUCCCCUGAGAGUUCCUAUAAUGUUGUGGUGUCAGCCGAAAGAAGCACGGGUGCAAACGACUACAAAGUAGCCAAGUCUAAGAUAGCAUCUCUAGUGGCCGAUAUUUUCUCAAACACAGCAGUGGCAGAAAAUAAGGUUGUGGAAGUGUUUGCGGAUCCUUCAGCCCCCUCAAGGCGUGUAGACGAGCUUUUCAGUGCCAUUCCUGAGGAUGGAAGAAGAAAAGCUUACGCAGAAUCGCGCGCAAAGGCCAAAGCAGAGGAAGAGGCAAGGAUAGCAGCUGAGAGAGCUCGCGAAGCAGCUGAAGCAACCAAGAAACUCGAAAAAGAGGUGAAGAAGCUCUCGGAGCAAGAGUCUCUAGCUGCUAGUCUAGCAGAAGAAGCUCAAGAGAAGGCGGAGGUCGCCGGAGCUUCGGUGGAGACCCUUUUGAAUAAAGCCAAAGACUUCGGCUCAGGGCUGUCUUGGGAAAAGAUUAGUUCCCAGGUCACAACUGCAGUUCAAAAGUCUGCAGAGAAACCCAUAGUUCAGGUUGCAACUGUCAGAGGACAGGCCAAGGCACGGUCUUUGCAACCCAAGAAAGCUGUUGUUAAUAAACAACCAAGCUUCAAGCUUCCUGCUUUCAAACCAAAGGAACAGCCAAAGCUGAAAGGCAAACAGACAGAGGCCGGGAAGACAGAAGUCAGGAAGGUGUUUGGCGGCCUGUUUUCACAAGAAACUAUAUACGUUGAUGAUGACUGAAGAGAUGAUCAUUUGUCUUCUCUUUGAGGCUCUUUCGGUGCUGAUGUCGCCUAAUAUUUCUAGUUUUAUUGUUGUUGAAAGGUGGUUUUAUGAGUUUCAGCAAGAAGCAUUUACCGGUUUAAGGCCUACAUUAGUAUUAAACUUCUUAAAUCUUGUUGAGUGCUGCAUUUGCCCCCCAGUUCUGUCUCCCUUGUCUCUGUGUGUGUGCGUGUGUUUAUUAGAAUGAAAUUGCAGAUUUGUUGGGUUUCUCUUUAA